UCGUGUAGCCAUAUCCAUUGUCAUGUGAGUCAGUCAGUCAGACGUGAAUAUGUCCAAAACAUCGAUCACCAACCCGGAGACGAGUCUGCAAGAUGUGAGGGUGCAUAACAUGAGACAUUCGCGAGACUUCACGCGUUACGAGAAAAGGGGAACCCCCAAAGUGUCAAGCAGUAGUGACUUUGUUUAUGUGAACUCUGCUUACGUGGGCAGUGUUAAUAGUAUUAAUUCUGUUCGUGUGACUGAACCGCCUACCAGUGUGAUCCGGGAACAAUACUGGACUUGUUCAAAAUGGACGUUCGCGCAGAGAAUAAUGGCGAUCGCAGUUGCGGUCCUGACGGGCGCUGUCAUCGGGCUUGCGUUGACAGUGGCGCUGAAGAAAGGUGACACCGACAACAUUCCCGGACUCUUCAGAACUAAUCUAGCACCCGAUUGAAGACGUACUCUAUCUUAGAAUCGUCAUAAUCGUACAAGAGCGCGGUCAGCCGCUGUCAAAA